UACCUCCCUUCUGUAUUCUCGGCAAACAUUAUUUCUUUGAAAAGGGGAGCGCAACCUUGGUGCUCUGUAUAACGUAGAUUGUCAGCAGUGAGCCGUAACUUGUUCGUUUUGUACGCUCAAAAGUGUUGAGUUUGUUAGGUGUAGCACAUUCUGCCCAGUUAUCUGCUGUGACAGCGGGAAGAGUCUCUCUCGACGUGGACGUGGUCAGUUGGCGUGUCCCAACUUGGAGUGACGGUUGUGCGGUCCUAUGAUUCACCCGAAGAACUCUUCGCACUGGCCCAUUUUCUGACAAACUAUAUCGCCAACUUUACCUACCUUGCAACCUAUUUACACCUCGGUUGGAAGUCGAAGACAAGUCGGGCUUCAAGAUGUCUGUAGCGGGCUUAAAGAAGCAGUUUUACAAAGCCAGCCAGAUGGUAAGUGAGAAAGUUGGAGGGGCAGAGGGAACCAAACUAGAUGAUGACUUCAGAGACUUGGAACGGAAAGUAGAUGUGACCAGUAAAGCAGUUGUGGAGGUGAUCUCCAAAACAUCAGAGUACCUUCAACCUAAUCCAGCAUCACGAGCCAAACUGUCCAUGUUAAACACCAUGUCCAAGAUUCGUGGUCAGGUGAAGAACCCAGGCUAUCCUCAAGCUGAAGGGCUGCUAGGAGAGUGCAUGUCCAAGUACGGGCGGGAACUUGGAGAGGACACUAACUUUGGUGGUGCUCUAGUAGAUGUAGGAGAGGCCAUGAAGAGGUUGGCAGAAGUCAAAGACUCUCUAGAUAUUGAUGUCAAACAGAACUUUAUUGAUCCACUGCAAGGGCUUUGUGACAAGGACCUCAGAGAGAUACAGCACCAUCUGAAGAAGUUGGAAGGCCGCCGCCUGGAUUAUGACUACAAGAAAAAGCGUCAGGGCAAGAUCCCGGAUGAAGAGGUUCGACAGGCUCUGGAGAAGUUUCAUGAGUCAAAGGAAGUGGCUGAGACAAGCAUGUACAACCUUCUGGAGACUGACAUAGAGCAGGUGAGCCAGCUGUCAUCUCUGGUGGAGUCCCAACUACAGUAUCACAGACAAGCUGUACAGGUGCUGGAGGAGCUUUCUGACAAACUCCGAGACAGGAUGAAUGAGGCUCAGUCUCGACCAAGACGUGAAUACACACCCAAACCCAAACCUGUCUUUGACUUUGGAGACAACAACCAUUCAAAUGGAGGCUACUCAACCUCAAUGGCCCCUCCACCUUCACGCAUCUCAGCCCCGGAGCAGCCGAGCUGUAAGGCACUGUAUGACUUUGAGCCAGAGAACGAUGGAGAGCUGGGCUUCCGCGAGGGCGAUAUCAUCACCCUGACCAAUCAGAUUGACGAGAACUGGUACGAGGGCAUGCUGAACGGCCAGUCGGGAUUCUUUCCUCUCAACUACGUCGAGGUCCUCGUUCCAUUGCCACACUAAUGUAAAGAGAGGGAGCUAAGAGGAGACUGAUGUAAAGGAGGAGGGGAGAAAAGGUAGAAUAAGUAGAGAGGGAGCAAAGAAGUCGAGGGAUGGUCCACAAAGGUUUCAUUUUCACCUUCAACUCCAACAUUAUCAUCACAGAUGAGCACUUUUUUGGUCAACUGGAGUCCUGAAGAAGAAGUUGACAUUUCAAAGUCCAGACCAGAAUAUCAACUUGUUUCAUUCAGAGGUAAAAUGAUCUAGAUUAAGAUGGAAAUCUGCUAUCCAACCGUAAGAAAAGUGUCUUGGAACUAACUGAUGAAACAUUUUUAAGCAUUUUGAAACCACAAAUUAAUAAUAUAGAAAGAAUUAAUUUGGGUAAUUAGAAUGCCUGGGAUGUCUCUUUCAUAUCAUCCUUUUCUUGUGUUUGCAGUCUGUUUUAAAACUCAGGUUGGUCACCAGCUUAACAGUGAGUUACUGUGGGGGUUGAGUUGGCCACUCUAGUGUAAAAACUGUCAUGCAUAACUUGACUGAAUAUUGUCUUCAUUUCUAAACUGAAAAUUGCUGGUUUUCAGUUCACUUGUGGACUGGUUUGCGCCUCAUGAUGCCACCUGCUGGCGUGACUGAGAAUUACUAAACUGAAAUGGAACUACACGUGACUAGCUGUAUUACAGAAAAAAAAAAUACUGCUUUCACAUUUUUAAUGAGAAACUUGAGCCAAAAUUAGCCUCAGAUUUUGAACAUUUUCAGGUUUUCCCUUUUGUGUAAUGACUCUUUUUUUUUUUUAAUUUUCAUGUGAAACUGUCCUGUGACGAUAACUGCAGCCUGACCCACACAGUAGUUACUCUUUGUUAUAGUCUUUGAAUAAUGUCAGUCACAAAUAACUACAGUAGCUUUUUAGAGUUCAUCUGUUCAAAUGUUGUAAUUGCACCUUGGUCCUCAGAUGAGAGUGGGGUGUGUGUGCAUGUGUCAUACUUACUCCACCAUUACACACAGACCCAAAGUUAAAUGCAGAGGUUGCACCUUUGUCGCUUAGAGCAAGUGUGUGUUUGAUGUCUGGAAAUGCAGAAAGAUCCAUUUUUAGAGGUUGUUCAGUAGGAAACAGAUGCAAAAAGACUUUAUAAGAUGCAAUAGAAAUAUGAUGCUUAGUGUGCCUAUUUUUUAAACUGCUAAUGAUUCUGCAAAACAGCCAUAUCUUUAUUAUCUUUCUGGCCUGUUUAUUAAUGCAUGUUAACCUUUUUCUCAGCCUUUCAGCUCAUUUUAGACACCUAUUACCUACAUGCAGAGCCUGAGUAGAUGGUGCUGCUGGCAGCAUUCAUUUUUAUCUGUCCUGUGAACCUCAUUUGAGCUUAGAAAUGUACUCGUGCCCUGUCCUUCUGAUCAUUCACAAAGGAUCUGAUUCAAAUGAUUUAGUAUACAGGACUGAUGGAGGCAGAUGUGUCAUCUGUUUAGACAAGGCUGGCUUCUUGUUCUGGAUUUAGCCUCAGUCCACACCUGCAGGUAGAGUCUAAUACAACAUACACUGUACAGUUUGAGGCAAAGACUUUUAAGUAAAAGGGAAACAUCGAGGAAAACCUUCAUUUAAUCGGUUGUCCAUUUGUAUUAAUUGGGAGAACCUUUGUUACCAAACAUUUAUCUUUAGUCCAUCUGACUUCAGACUGUGAAUGUCAAAUAUGCUUUAUUUGACUGUUUGCAGCUUCUUCUUUUAUGUGUUUGUCCUUCACUCCAUGCUGCCAAACACUCAUCUCCUGACUUUGGUCCCUGUCUAAUAUGUUUACAUCUCUGACCUUUCUACACUUCAAUGCUUGUAUGAAGUUCAGGGUUGAGUGUGAUAAGAGGUGCUGUCUCGAUCUCACUGUUAUCAAAAACAAGUCUUUGCCAGCUUUGUUUUAGUGCCUUUGGAAACGAAAGGAGGGAAAGUAUCCCAACUAAUACAUCAACCAAAACCUUACCUAGCUAUUUAAAAUGUCAAAGUGUCUGUUUUUCACUUUUUUUAAAGUCAUUGUCACUUUCCUGUGUAAAGAUUAAAUGCAUGCAUGCAUAUAUUUCUGCACAUUGACAACACUACAUGCAGUUUCCUGAAUAUCUUGAUGUGAGGUUUAUCAGCAGGCCACCAGUGGAUACUGCUUUUUCUUAAGUAGAUUUUAAUCCUCGUUUGAACGUAUCCCACUGAUUUCUCAUCUUAAAGGGCUGUUUGUUUGUUUCAUCAGUCUUAAAUGCUCCUUUGAACAUUAAGUCAUUCUCUCUAUAGUAUUAUUUUUUAUAUACAAGACCUAAAUACAUUUAAAUUAAUCUCUGCAUGUAGUCCCAUAUUACACAUAGUAAGUGUAUAUCUUAGGUUUAAGUUGCCUUUUUACUUUUGGUAUGAAUACAGAAUUUAACCACAAUAUAUUGUGUCUUGUAUUACCACAGUAUUUGUACAUGCUUCUUUUAUGUCCUCCAUUUCCCCCCUUCUUAAAAAUAAAUAAAACAAAGGAAAAAA